GAUGAUAUCGCAUGCGAGCGUGGUGGUGCGUUCAGGACGAUUGCCGGCGAGGGCACACCGUGGUGGUGGAUGUAAAGGGGGUUGCUCUAGUUGGCGAGCGCGCAAUACUUACUGGUCUUACUGUGCGUAUAACUGGUAGAAUCGACACGUCGGUAAUUUGACAAGCAAACGAGUUUGAACCGUAGCAGCUUGAAGCUAGGUGGCACAUUCAAACGAGAUACGAACCUAUGACUCGGCGCCGCAGAUACAGUGUGUGCGCGCGUGUAUUCGGAUACACUGUUAUGCUGGCUGAGAGCGAGCAUCACUAGACCGUGUCCAUUCUCUGCUAUAUAACGUAUAUACCCUAUAUAAUUGUAUAAUAUAUAUUGUAUAAUACACGCUGUUAUAGGAGUUGCGGCUUCGUAACGUCGUAUAUCUUCGAAGUCAAAGAGACCAUAACAGAGGAGGAGAAAGUCAAUGUUGGAACUAAUAAAAUUAAUAGACCAGCACAGCGGAUUGCAAUAGUCAGUAGAAGGAGCUGCGACGCCGCGGCAGCAUGGUGGGCAUCUCGGCCGUGACAAGACUGGACAACAUCAUCAAAGGCAACAAGACCACUUUGAUGAACUCGUCCGUCAUCUUUCUCACGUUCAGCAGCGAAGAGAUCUUCCAGAGGAUCGUCUUCAAGUGUCCGUGCCAGAAACCGGAGAGCACUCUGUACGGCGCGAGCUUCCUGUUUGGACCAGCAUUAGCGCUCCUUAUUGUUGGCGUGUUAGUCAACAACGUCACAUGGCGUUUGUUCACCGGCUGCUGUCAUCGCACUCGAUCGACCCAACAUGGCUGCCGUAAGAGUUCGGUCUACUUGUCUAGGAUCAUCACGCAGGCGCUGGUGGCUCCGGCAGCCUGGAUCUUUAUAGCCUUCGUUGACGGAAGGUACUAUAUGUGCGCGAAGGCGACCGACCCUUGCAACGCCGACGAUGCCGAGCAUGAUGUCUUGUUCGGGGAGUCGCAGAUCAUCGGGUUGAUAGGAAUGCUCGUGGGAAUCACCACAGCUCUCGUCGUGUUGCUGGCUCAGAGGUGCAUGGAUAGGUUCACUCACAGCCAACAGCAAUUCGUAGCCAUGUACAGGGCGCAGGAAUCUGAAAUCUUCACGGAGAAGGCGAAGGAACUUGCAAAGAACCUUGCCGCCACUAAUGCGGAGAUGUUCUUCAGCAAGGAGCGCAGAACUAAGCUCGACUGGGACUCGAUCUCCGUCGUUCCUCUACUGGCGCUCAGCGACUACGAGGAGGAGAUCCAGCGUCCGCCGCGACACGUCAAGUGGCUUCCCGGCGCGCGGCGGAUAGCUAAAACCAGCUUCAUUAAGAAUCUAACUAAACCGCCACAAAGUGAGCCGUGUUUCACGCCCCUUCACAAGUGGUCUAUGAAGCAGAAAGACCGCUUGAGAGCGCGGCAGGAAGCCGAAGAGAAUGAGCGUCUGCUGUCUGGCGGCGAGCAAUUGGAAGACGAGCAAGUAGCGACGCAGCACUGGAGCGAAAGACCGCCGCCGGCGUAUUCUGGUGAUGCACCGCCAUCUAGCGGCGAUCUUCAACAUAUUCCAAUGAUUACUGUUCCGACAUCCUGUUUGACGAUACCGAGUUUACCCCCAGAGUGAUAACAAAUUACACAAAUGCCACUAUGUAUCAAAGCGCUAUACAUAAGAAUAAAACUGCGAGAAUUUUACUAAUUGAAUAUUUCUUUUGCGAAAUGCGAAUCUUUUCUUCUAGAAACAUGCGUCUUCAGACCGAAUGUAAAUUGUUAUGUGCAAUGUAGGGCCUACUAUUGUAAUCGUGAAUGUAUAUAAAUAGUUUUUUAUAUAAAUUUUAAUAAUAUUUACUUUAUGGUGAAAGUAUAUACUGCGCAUAAUUACAAAAAAAAAUAAGGAUUCGACUAUUUUUACGUGGUGAAAAAAAAUGUGCCGAAACCCGGGAUUGAACCAGGGACCUUUAGAUCUUCAGUCUAACGCUCUCCCAACUGAGCUAUUUCGGCAGCUGAUAUAAGAUAGUUUCUAACAGACUCCUUUUGGAUUUGUAUUAAUAUUAUUGUUAAACUUUACUCAUAUUAUAUAUACGUCUUUCAAAUAUUAAACUAAUGGAAGGGUGCCUGAUGUG